AGUGAAAUAAAGAAUGUUGUUGAAGAGGAAUUAAAGAAGCUUCUUGAAGAAAUGUCUAAGAAGAAUGAUGAUUCAGCACUUAAGCAAUACUGCGACAACGUCGGUUCGAAGUCAAAGGACACACCAGGAGAAAAAAAAGCAAAGCAAAAAGCUUGUAAGCUUUUUGCUUCAGGUUUAAAACACAUUUCUCAAAUUAGAGACGAUCAGACCAAGAAUGAUGGACCACUUAAAAGGACUAUGAUGUGCGCAGCACUUAAUCUUUAUGCUGAUCAAUUAAUUUCAAAAUCAACAGAUCAAUGUCCCCUAGAUAAUAAAAAAUUAGAAGAGGCAAUAAAAUUCGCUUUUGAUCAUAAUAGUAAUGCCACUAAGAAUGGAGCAAAUUCAUGCCCAGCUGGUAGUACUAAUUCUUGUUUUGAAUGCAAGAGGCAAGACAGUAGCACUUUUGGCUCUUGCCAAAUUGGCAAGGAUAAAAAAGACAAAGUAAAGCCCCAAUUGGAGUCAUUGCUCGAAAAAAACGACCAAUCCAACCCCAACAACAACCAGGAAAAAACACUAGAGAAAAUAAAUAAAAUAGAAUCUUUCUGUACUCAAGUCCAAUGUGCAAUCAAACAACACUACAGAACCAAAAAAGGACAAACAAUUGCAAAUGGAACAGAACCAUCUUGGGGCGACAUCGAAGGUGAUGCCAAGGAUGCAUUAAAGCAACUUCUAGAACAAAUGACGAAGGGUCAGACUGAAUCGGACAUUGCCGAAUACUGCAAAAACGACGAGGAAUGGAAUAAACUUGGCCAUAAGGAAAAACAUACAAAUAAAGCAGCUUGUUUAUUUUUUGCUGCAGGGUUAAAGCACAUUUAUGACCAAAAGAAGGGCCAUGUUAAUGGCCCAUCGUUUGAACAAACGAUGGGUUGUUUAUUUCUUAAAGAAUAUGCAAAACAAUUGAAAGUAAUGGCAGAAGAACAAAAAAAGUAUAAGGUACAUCCUAAUUGUAGCGUAGAUUCGGGCAUAGAAUAUGCUUUUAGCAAAAGUAAAAACAUUAUGGAGAAAGCAAAGCCUCCAUGCGAGAAGAAUGUUCCUAAUUCUUGUUUUGAGUGCACACAAAACGACGAUUAUGGAACUUGCUUCAUUGGCGCUGAGAAAGUACAAGGCAAAGUUGAACCUUUGUUCAAAGACAAUGACCAAAACAAAAAGCAUAUGGAAGAAACAUUAGAGAAUACACUUUGUCCCAUCCUUCUUACGGAUCUCCUUACCCCUUUUCUUCCUUUGGCUCCUGUCUCUAUUGGUCUUUCUGCUAUGGCUUAUUACCUUUGGAAGUAUUUUGGUCCCCUUGGUAAAGGAGGAGCACGUUUCCGAAGAUCUCCUGCUGAUAUUCCUGGUCCAUCAGUACAAGAACAAGUCCUCGAUCAUGUGGAAGAAGCUGGUCCACAUGAAUAUCGAUUGGUGAAGGAACGAAAACCUCGUUCUGCUCCAACGAGAACGAAACGUUCUGGUCCCGUGAAUCGUCGCACGAUUAUUGAAAUUCAUUUUGAAGUGUUGGAUGAAUGUCAAAAAGGCGACACACAAUUGAACCAGAAGGAUUUUCUGGAACUUUUGGUUCAAGAGUUCAUGGGAUCGGAAUUAAUGGAAGAAGAACAGGUUCCUAAGGAAGAGCUUUUUAUGGAAGGCGUUCCUAUGGAAAGUAUUCCUUUGGAACGUGUUCCAAGUUUAGGUUCCGUGUUUAUGGUUUAG